AUGGAUUCGAUGAAUAUUUCGACAACAUCAAGAAGAAUUUUGACAACCAGAAAAACAUCAACAACUAAAAAACCAUCAUCUGGUGGUAUUAUAUUCAAUUAUACAUUACUGAUAUAUAUUCUUCUUCCAAUUUCAUUGGUUAUUACAAUUGUAUUGAUAAUCCUUCGAUGUGUACACAUACGAAUUCGUAAAGCAAGAAAUGAAGCUCAGGCAGCUGCUACGGCUGCAUUCCUUUUACAACAACAGCAAAUGAAUAGUUUCACACCACAUUCACAAAUGCCUCCGAUCACAUCAACGUGUACGUAA